CACGUGCUUGGUCGGCUGGUGCCUGGAGCCAGCCCUGAGAUCAGGAGACUGCUUCCCUCUCUGCGAUUCAAAGCUCUCCCUUGGAUUACUUUGUUCUCUGACUCUCUUUGUUGGACAGCAGGGUCAGGAUCCAUCCAUAGCAUUUGAAUCAGUGGAACUCUAUGGAUGAGUGAGACAAGCAGGAUUUGGCCCUGCCACAUAGGCAGAGCUAGAAUUAGAACUCCUGAAUUUCUGGCUUCCAGUCACAUGCUCAGCCUACUAUUAGGUGCACUGCUCCUGCUUCUCUUCCCCAAAGUUCAUUGGUCCUCUGUUAAAUCCCUUUAACAAGCAAACCUCAGCAGGGGGUGAAUGCCACAACUAUUCCUGUGCAGGUGAUAGAACAGCUAGCUAUGGGUGACUUGCCUUCCGUGCUGGCUUUGUUUUGUUUGGCUCUAGUAAACGAAUUUUUAAAAAAAUUCCAGAUAAUAUUAAUAAAAUUAAGCCUCUUUCGUUACUUACUGCUAAUAUAUCACCUUAAGAUUUAAAGUGCUUUAUGAAGGUUUUAUUAUUUUAGUAACAUCUGUUCUGCCUCCCCUCAGCUACGUGAACAGUUGUGAACUAUUGCAUGCCUUUGUUGAUUUGAUAUCUUCUCCCCCCCUUUCCUUUUCCCUACAAUAUUUGUCAGUAAUGAGACUCAAACACUUGACCUUCUUACUGUAUGUUUGUGUUUGCAUUUCUUGGAAGGGAAGUUUAUGACCAAACCAUUCCCAAGCAGAAUUUCUGGAGCCCUGCAUUUUUUGUUUUCCCCCUUUUUGCAUAUAUCCUUUAAGCCUAGCUGGGGGGGGGUUACAGUAAGAACAGUAUCUGGAAAUUCUGCUCCUGAAUAACUGCAUAAUCUGCACUCUUGGGUUGCAUAGUGGAGCAAAACCAUAGCGUAGGAGCAUGUCACAAACCCUGCUUGCAUAACUAGGCACAAUGGAUAGCUUGUUCUCUGCUCAGUGGAGGCCUGUCUCUACUUUAUAUUGUUUUGAGGAAGAUGGUGUUAAGGUAAGAGAAGUUUCCCUUGCAGUUCCCUGCAUUUUGUCCCAAGUCAGAAAUCCAAAGAUCUAAUGGAAAACUUUUAAAAUUAUUCUUUUAUUUUCUUUACUUUAAUAGGAUGUUUCCAUUGUCUUUAGCGGGACUUAGAUAAGGCCCAUAAAGAAACACUGCCAUACUAGUUGAUUUAUCUUUGUUUCAAAGAAGAAAAAUCCCUUUGGGGGUGGGGGAACUACACAUGAUGUGAAUAAUCUAUUGUUACUGAGGCCCCAAGUUUUCCAAGAUGACAAGGAAUUCACCCCUGCUGCAGAAUUAGGCUCUGGAUUCCAAUUCUGCCAUUUAAAUGAUCUUUCAUGAAGUUAUAUUUUGGGGCCUAAACAGGUUGACAGUUUUUUUGUUUGUUUGGUGGGGGCUUUUUUCCUUUCAGAGUGUACGUUUGAAUCAUUUACCAUCAAGGUAUUUGGAUUAACCUUGGUUAAUUUAGAAGAAAAAAAUCAAAGUGUUAUUGAUAAACUUGUAAUGUUAAGGCUCGCUCUUUUUCUCUUGCAGUGGAAUCUGGUAUGUGAUGAUGACUGGAAAGCUCCCUUAACUGCCUCCUUGUUUUUUGUGGGUGUACUGGUUGGAUCCUUUAUAUCAGGACAGCUCUCAGACAAGUUUGGCAGGAAGAAAGUUCUGUUUGCGACCAUGGGGGUGCAAACCGGCUUCAGCUUCCUGCAGGUCUUCUCUACCAGUUGGGAGAUGUUUUCAGUGCUCUUUGUCAUCGUCGGCAUGGGACAGAUCUCUAACUAUGUGGCAGCCUUUGUACUUGGCACAGAAAUUCUUGGCAAAACAGUUCGUAUUAUAUUCUGCACAUUAGGCGUUUGCAUAUUUUAUGCAAUUGGCUACAUGUUGCUGCCACUGUUUGCUUACUUCAUCAGAGACUGGCGGAUGCUGCUUCUGGCUCUUACUUUACCGGGGCUGCUUUGCAUUCCACUGUGGUGGGUCGUUCCAGAAUCUCCCCGGUGGCUGAUCUCUCAAGGAAGAGUACAAGAGGCCGAAAUCAUCAUCCGAAAGGCUGCAAAAACAAAUGGUAUUGGAGCCCCAGAUGUAAUAUUUGACCCUAUGGAGCUGCAGGAAAUGACUUCCCAGAAGCAGCAGACGCACACCAUUUUGGACCUAGUGAGGACAAAAAAUAUUCGAUUUGUCACUAUUAUGUCAGUGAUUAUUUGGAUGAUAAUCUCUGUAGGCUAUUUUGGCCUCUCACUUGACACUCCUAACUUGCAUGGUGAUGCCUACGUAAACUGCUUCCUCUCAGCGGUUAUCGAAGUUCCAGCCUACAUUAUAGCCUGGGUGCUUCUCCGAAAUCUCCCGCGACGAUAUUCGAUGGCUGCUGCAUUAUUCUUGGGAGGCUGUGUCCUUCUCUUCAUUCAGCUGGUCCCUCCACACCUUCACAUCCUGUCCAUUAUCUUGGUGAUGCUGGGUAAAUUUGGGAUCACAUCUUCCUUUUCAAUGGUUUACGUUUACACUGCUGAGCUAUACCCAACAGUCGUGAGGAAUAUGGGAGUUGGAGCGAGUUCCAUGGCCUCCAGAGUGGGCAGCAUCCUCUCACCUUAUUUUGUUUACCUUGGUGCCUAUGACAGAUUCCUGCCUUACAUCCUCAUGGGAAGCCUGACUGUGCUGACGGGAAUCCUUACUCUGUUUCUCCCAGAAAGUUAUGGCACGCCUCUCCCAGACACCAUAGAGCAGAUGCUGCGGGUUAAAGGACUCAAGUACAGACAUACAUCUAAUAGCACAAGGGUUUCAAAGGAUGAAGAAGAAAGCCCAGUGAUUCUUAAAAGCACGGCUUUUUGAUGACACUACACUGUAUACUUCAUGAUGGACUGAAAAGUAAACUGACUUUUCUUUUAAUUUUCCUUCCAGAAAGGGCUAGUAGCAACACUUUGUGUCCUGUAAUUAUAAACUUAUUUAUUAAAUGAAA